GAUAUCCCUGGAAAUUUCUUCAGGUGUAAACAUAGCACAGCAAGCUGCCGCAAUACUCCCUCCGGACGUGCCACUGAUGACUUUGAUUUUGUGGUACAGGUUCGAAUCUAUCAAAGCUCGCAUUGUUCCCAAAUGGUACAUUGCUUGGGCCCCACCACCGCUGAGCAUGAGAGCAGUUCGUCCCAUGUUUUGCUUCAUUUUUCGAAACAAAAGAAUCCGCUCCCUUAAUCUCGUUACAGCGUGAUCGCAUGUUUCGUCAACCUCCGUCAACAAUUCCAGACCCUCGGACACCUCAUCAUAAUAUGCAGCUAUAGCCUUGCGAGUGGCGGAGGAAAAGCCAUAUUGACCGGAGACUUCCACGUCACGGGCAUUUGAUGUAAGUAAAUGUUCAAGGGCUAAAUGAUUCCGUUUGACAACCCCUGACAGUAAAAACUCGAGGCCAGACUCCUUCCCCUCUUCGAGCUUUUCCCGCUCUUCCUUCAGUCUUGUUGUGGUCGAGACAAGCAAAUGAGUUGUUGAAGAUCCUAGAUCCUUUUCAAUAUCUGAAUAAUCCUUUCUUUUGUGAGCCGCUUCCGCCUCGUCUUGAAGAGCCGUCAACCUAGACAUGGAGUUUCCUCGUUUGUGCAAGGACAGACGACCCGGUGACAGAUGUUCGUCAUUGUUGCUAAGACUGCUGGUACUUUGAGCAAUUAGAUCAUUUUGAUCCUCCUCGGUAUCAAACUGCCGUCUUUUCGAAAGUUUCAUUGUCGAAAAGGAUUUUGACCGCCGAAUAUUGGGUGGCUGUUGCAGGAGGCAGUCGUGGGAAGAUGGCGCAUCUUCUUCGGACGAAAUGGCCAUGGCGGCCGCAACAGAGAGACUCGAUGACUUUUCCCAAACAGGAAGUUUUAGGAACUCCGAGUAGUUCUUGACUGCAUCGCACUGUUUCCUCCAAGACCUACGCCUCGACAUUUUCUGUCUCGAUUUCUGGAUUCGUUCGCUGAAGAAAAAUAUGAAUUGAGCGACUCGCGAUCUCAUGAUCACCUUAUAUGUUUUGAGGAGUGUCAACACAAAGAUGUCCAAGGCUAUCAUAAAAAAUUGGUAUGCGACAAAAUUCAUUUGAAUGAUUCCUAUCCAUACCGAAACAAAGAGCCAAAUGAUCCAGGUGGAAGCGCUAGUAACGGCAACAAAGCAGUAGGCAUAGAAGGGCCAGAAGAGGAACAUGCUCAAUAUCACCAAAAAAGAAUUWCGUUGGUUGACAAUAAAGAUAGAAUAGGUAGAUCGGGCAUACUCCGAAACAGUGUCCGAAAAAAAUUGGCUUUGGGUUCCAACAUAUUCCCACCAUUCGACGACCCACGGAGGAAUGCGAAUCAAAAUUUCCAUCUUCGCUUGUUCGAGUUGUUCGGGGCCAAAUUGGUCCAUUUCGUAGUCUUUAUCACUUCUUUCUUCGCUCUCCUCAGAUUGAUAACUCGACCAGUUUKGUGUCAAAUAUCUCGAACCAAYGAUUUCAGAAAUCCUUUCUCGCGUUCCUGAAGACUGCCUUCGGGUAUCGCAGUUGUGACAAAAGCAAUGACACUGCAGGCCGUAUACCGUGCGCGUGCCUUCUUGUCGUUGCUAUUGAGUGUUAUAAWUUUAAUGUCGGAAGUCGGGACCUAUUUUGUUUUYGUCGAAAGAUGGAAACUUAGAAUGAUUCUGCAGGAUGRCUGCAAUCAAUGGCGUAGAGUGACAAUACUAUCAAACCUUGACGUUCAGUACAAGGUUCCUAUGUUCUUUCAAUCUGGGGCCAGAUUUUUUCCUCGAUUUGUWUUGACACGUAAUUUUUGAAUUUUUUGACGAAUUUGCUAAUUUGUUAAUGCCGCUUCCAGAAAAAAAUGGAGAGAAUAUUCUGAGUUACCGUUCGUACCGUACGGUAUGUAAGAUACUGCAUUGCAAUAGGUAGGUAUGGGGUUACAUUUUGCGUUACAUAAACCUUUCCUAAAUAAUUUAAGGUUAAGGUUAUAAUUAGCAGAAGUUGAACAAAGUGCAAAGAAGAUCGGGGGCUCAACGUAAAGCGUUUGUGUGCGGUAGUAGUUGCCGUUCAUCACCCUUCCGUGGUACGAGUAAUGGUACGAGUAACAUCGUUUUCCGAAUAAGAACGAGGCCGCACCACAUCUAUUCCCGACCUAGUCACAUCAGAAAAUACAAAUAUACAAUAUAUCACCAUGAAGCUUGCUAUCCUUUUGAGUGCCAUUGCUGGAGCCAGUGCCUUUGCGCCUGCCAGUCACCAAGCCACUUCGACGACUAAAUUGAACGCCGCCGAUUUGGAAACUCUUCGUGGUGUUGGACCCGAAACUGGAGGAAAGAUCGUGAGUAUAAGAUUGCCGAACGCAGGUUCUGAUGCCGAAUAUGCAUKAGAAGUAACUCAGUAGUUGCUUUCUUGAAUGCACUACGCUUGUCYCCGAUAACUGUUAGUUYCUGUUGUGAUCGAGUCAGGAUGCCGCGAACACCUCGUGUUUGGAUCGAAGACGAAAAAGCACGAACAGAAUUGAAGCAUAAACAAAGACAUCACGAAUCACAUCUCACUCGUUCCUUUUUCGAAACUCGGCAUUCUCCUCCGAAAUCAUGAAAUGUUUUUUUCUUUAAUCGCAGUUCGAUCCUUUGGAAUUGUCUCAAUGGGCCCCUAUUGAUCACCUUCGCAAGGCCGAACUUGCCAACGGACGAUCUGCUAUGUUGGCCACCGUCGGGUGGGUCUUCCCAACAUUCUGGACUUUCGAAGGACCUGUUACCACCACCGAUCCYGUUGAAGCUUUCUGGGCUGCCGAUAACCAAUGGUGGGCCCAAUUUAUCGUCUUCUGCGCCGUCAUYGAGGGAAUCAAGUACCGCGGAGAGAUGGAAGGAAAGUCCUUCACCGGAGAAAUCGACAAGGAAGCUUGCCUUGACUGGACCGGAAACUGGGCCAAAAUGAGUGACACACAAAAGGAAGACAUGGCCAUGAAGGAACUCAAGAAUGGACGUCUGGCAAUGAUCGGUAUUGCCGGGUUCAUCGCCAGUGUUGUCGUGCCUGGAUCGGUCCCUGCUCUUUAAGAAACUGAGUUCGUUUGAUCGGAUUCGACUGGGUUGGGCCCAGAGACGUAACGCCGCGCGUCCCUGGUCUAGCCUCUUUUGGUUGCUUUGAGUUGCUACUGGAAGAACUCAUUUGAGUUACUGUACCCAUAAAUGAUACUUUUCCAUCAUUGGUAUAUUUUUAAUAUAGAAAAACAACAACACUUUAAUGGUCAGCUUCCUUCUUUCUUCAAUACAUCGAAUCAAAAAGGACUUUAUCC